GUGCCUCAUUCAAGAGUUAUGCUUAUUCUUCCCAUAUUGUCAUUUGAUAAGAUGGACUCCUCCUGAAAUUUGCAGGCCGAUCGAGGAAACAGUGCCUCAACUGGAGAAAAGGAGUUCAAGGUAGCCAAAUAGAGUAGAUACAGACAAGAGACAUCCAUCCCCGGAGGAAUAGAAAAGCAAAUCCCUUCAAUAAUCGAGAUGGCUCCUCCUAAAGUCCUCAUGGUCGCAGAGAAGCCUAGCAUUGCUCUUUCUAUUGCCUCUGUUCUCUCCCGCGGUCAGGUACUCUGAUGUCUACAAGAAAAGGAAGCACAGACGUUCAUGAAUUUGAGGGGACAUUUCUUGGAUCCCGUUCACACUUUAAAGUAACAUCAGUCAUUGGGCAUAUAUUUAGUGUAGAUUUUCCCGCUAAAUAUCAGGAUUGGGCAGCUACAGAUCCAUCAGAUCUUUUUCAAGCUCCAGUUAUAAAGAAUGAAACAAACCCAAAGGCACAUAUAUGUAGACAUCUGAAUCAAGAAGCUCGUGGCUGUCAUUAUUUGGUAUUGUGGUUAGACUGUGAUCGUGAAGGAGAAAAUAUAUGUUUUGAAGUUAUAGAAUCGACUAGCUUCAAUGUAAAUGACACUCGGAAGAGGAUUUUUCGUGCACGCUUUUCUUCUGUUACUGAGAAGGAUAUCCUGAAAGCUCUGGAUAAACUUGUGGAACCGAAUAGAGAUGAGGCACUGGCUGUGGAUGCUAGGCAGGAAAUUGAUUUAAAAGUUGGAGUUGCCUUUACUCGAUUUCAGACAAGUUAUUUUCAUGGAAAAUAUGGGAACCUAGAUGCCAAAGUUAUAUCCUAUGGGCCAUGUCAAACUCCUACCUUAGGCUUCUGUGUGCAGAGGUAUUUGCAAAUAAAUACCUUCAAGCCUGAAAAGUUUUGGACUCUGCAUCCGUACAUAAUACACAAUGGCUAUGAAAUUAAGCUAGAAUGGAAUCGGGGCAGAUUAUUUGACAUGGAUGUUGUUGUCAUGUUUCAAAAGCUAGUAACUGAAGAUGGACUUUUGGAAGUUACUGAUGUAUCUGAAGAACAGAAAUGCAAGAGCCGCCCUGUUGGUCUGAAUACAGUCAAUCUUCUAAAGGUUGCUUCAAGUGCUUUAGGAUUUGGACCUCAGAUGGCCAUGCAACUAGCUGAGCGCUUGUAUACUCAAGGUUUCAUCAGCUAUCCGCGCACAGAAAGCACUGCAUACCCACCUUCAUUUGACUUUCAGGGUGUACUCUCUUCACAAGCAAAUAAUCCAAUAUGGGGUCAUUAUGUACAGGGGCUACUCACUAAUGGUUAUCACAAACCUCGAUUAGGAACAGAUGUAGGUGAUCACCCUCCUAUCACCCCAAUGCGGUCAACUUCUGAGGAUGUGGUAGGCAGUGACGCUUGGAAGUUAUACCAAUAUGUCUGUCAACACUUCAUGGGGACAGUGUCCCCAGAUUGCAAGUAUACAAGGAGAAAGGUAGAAUUUUCAGUUGGCGGAGAGUCCUUUCAUUGCACAGGGAUGCAUGUUACUGUCAAAGGAUUUACGGCUAUUAUGCCUUGGUUAGCGGUAAAUGAUAAAAAUAUUCCAUCCUUCACGAAAGGGCAGAAAAUUGGUGUGUCAAAAAUGGAGCUAUAUGAGGGGACCACCACACCACCUGAUUAUCUAAGUGAAAGUGAGCUGAUUUCCCUUAUGGAGAAGAAUGGGAUUGGAACAGAUGCAUCAAUUCCCGUACAUAUCAACAACAUCUGUGAACGGAAUUAUGUGCAGGUACAAGCAGGCAGGAAGCUUGUCCCAACUCCGUUAGGUGUGAGUUUAAUAAGAGGUUAUCAGUCAAUUGAUGCAGACCUCUGCCUACCUGAUAUCCGUAGCUUCAUUGAGCAGCAAAUUACUCUAAUUGCUAGGGGUCAGAUAGAUCAUUCUCGUGUUGUGCAGCAUGUACUGCAACAAUUCAAGCAGAAGUUUAGUUACUUUGUUAAGAAGAUUGAAAACAUGGAUGCAUUAUUUGAAGCACAAUUCUCUGCACUUACUGAUUCAGGGCGUACUCUUAGUAAAUGUGGUAAAUGCUUGCGAUAUAUGAAGUACAUUUCUUCUCAGCCACCACGAUUGUAUUGUAAUACAUGUGAGGAGGUUUAUCAUCUUCCACAGAAGGGAACAAUUAAGGUAAUGUAUUGUUCUGGCCGAAAAAGACAGCAUAUUACCUAUCAAAUUACAUGGACUCAAAUCUAUCUUCAACUGUACAAGGAGCUGGCUUGUCCUUUGGACAAUUUCGAGCUUUUGAUCUGCUCCAUGCCUGGCCCAGAGGGCAAAUCAUUCCCACUCUGCCCGUACUGCUACAGCAAUCCUCCAUUUGAGGGCAUUGAAACACUCGUCAAUAUGGCUAAAAUCGGUGCUUCUGGCAAGCUAGGGAAGGGAGCUGGCAUGCCAUGCAUCCUCUGCCCCCAUCCCACCUGCCCAAACUCUCUGGUUUCACAACGGGUCUGUGCUUGCCCCGAGUGUAGUGGGACACUUGUCUUGGACCCAGUAAGCGCUCCCAAUUGGCGACUCUAUUGCAAUAUGUGCAAUUGCCUUGUUCUUCUUCCUCAAGGUGCUCACAGAAUCUCCACAACUCGGGAACAAUGCCCUGAAUGUGACUCCACAAUCAUAGAAGUGGACUUCAACAAGAAAACAACUCCUCUGGAAGACGGAGCUACGUUGCACCGUGGUUGUGUUCUUUGUGAUGAGUUGCUUCAUUCCCUUGUGGAGAUGAAACAUGGGAGGAGUUUCAGUUCGAGAGGGAGAGGGAGAGGUAGGGGGAGGGGAAGGGGAAGGGGAAGGGGAGGUCGUGGCAGAGGAAAAAUGAUUGACCCAAAAAUGAGCUUCCGAGACUUCUAAGGACAACAUUUCAUGUCUGUGUUCAUUCCAACAAGUCCAUUAUUAUGUAGCAUGAGUGCUAUUAUUAUGUAGCAUGAGUUCGCACUUCUGUGUUAAUGAUCCUUUGCUUCAUCUAUUUGGACUUGUAAUUUGGUUCUUUCAACCUGUUCUCUAUUCUUGUUUUCACUCAAUUUUCGCUGUUAUCCCCUCCACGAGAUGCACAGUUGUGGUCGAACGUGCAUAGAUUUUCACUCAAUUUUGUGACUUUGUCCUCGUCGAACUUAAUUUCUUUUGGUAAAACGUUGGUGUGGUCUUAUUGACAAAAAAGUUGUAAUUCUCGUGUUCGGUAUCAAAUUGUAUGUAUCGAGAUUAUUUCUA